AUCUCGAAACAAGAUGGCGGCUGCAGGUUUGGUGCAUAUACCUGAGGUUGAUAUAGACCCAGACGGCGUGUUCAAGUAUGUGCUUAUUCGCGUGCACGUGAAGGAGGGCUCGGACGAGUAUAAAGAUAUUGUGCGGGGCUACAGCUGGGCAGAGUAUCACGCCGACAUCUAUGAUAAAGCGUCAUCUGAUAUAGAGAAGAAUGAAUACGACUGUGAAUGUCUGGGCGGCGGUAGAAUUCGCCACUCCAGUAAGGACAAGAAAAUUCACAUCUAUGGAUACUCCUUGGGUUUUGGUCGGGCGAGGCAUGCCGUAUCUAUGGAGAAAAUCAAAGCCAAGUAUCCAGACUACGAAGUCACCUGGUCAGACGAGGGGUAUUAACUAAACCAAAUAUAAACUGAACAGCACAGGGUAUCCAAGUCCCAAUAAAAGACGUUGCAUGUGCCACUCAUGUAAACGUAAUGUGCCUUGUACCUUAUAAAGCACUUAAGAGCCCUGUAUUGUAGAUGACAUUAUGACCAGCCUCUAGUUUUGCAGAAGGAAGAAAAUCCAAACCACGUCUUCGUGCAGUUGGUUGUGCAUUAUUUUAUUUACAGUACAUUUUUUCUUUUUAUGCCUCUACAUUUUUUUGGGAUAUGUUAUUUCCCCAUAAAGAAUAUUGUUUGGGGAUAUGUUAUUCCACGGCAGCUAUAUGCCUACAGAUUUGCUGUAGUGCCUCCCUCCUACCCAUUGAUAGGUUUUACUCUCUGCUCUGCAAUAGCUAGUAAUGUCUGGAGUGGCUAUUGAUAGUUUUCACCAUCUCUGCUUUGUAUGUAUGUAUAAAAAAAUAAAAAUAAAUAGUAACAGAA